AUGGCACCGGCUGUUAAACGGAACGGUCAGCAUCGACGAGCAUACAUGACAGUCCUCCCACUUGCCAACGAUCUAGGCCUCGAAGUAGACGCCCAUUGCUCUCGCAAAGAUACCAAGUGCGUUGCCAAAACGAUUCGCGAUUACAAGGGACCCGGGAAUAUUCUGAUUGCAUGGAGACAUUCGAAUAUGAAAGGUAUACUGGAAAGACUGGGUGCACUUGGUGCCAUUUCGUAUCCGGAGGAUCGGUUUGAUUUGAUCUGGAGGAUCCCGUACCCGUACCACGAGGUGACAAAUGUUACUAGCGAAUAUUGUCCCGGCCUUGAUUCCCAUCCGUCGCUUGUGAUUCAGCAUUGA